AUGGGCCCGGCCGGGACUGGUGAGGUGGGCAGGCGGCGGCACCCGCACAACCGGGGCACAGCGGACUCUAGCAGCCAAGCCAAGCCGGCGGAGAGCCCCUCGGGGGAGAACGACCAGAGCGCAAUCACGCCCCCAAGCAGCAGGCAGAGACUGAACCCCGACGCUAUUCCAGCCGGAACAACAGCCGAGCGGUACGAGAGCAGCCAGGACAAGAUGAACGGCACGCCCACCGACUACGUCACUCGGGCCACGUGCAGUCUGAACGUCGGGACCUCCCUUGAGGGCGACGCCGAGGUCCUCAGGGCGGGAUGCCGCGGCCGCCCAGAUGCCACCCGCGGCCACCUCGCGCGCGCGGCCGACGCGCACGACUGGAGGCGCGCGCUCGCGCUCCUCCCGCAGCCCCCCGCCACUGGCGCCGACGCCACCGCCGCCAGCGCUCACGCGUUGGCCGCCGCCGCCUGCGUCAGAGGCACCCAGUGGGCGCUGGCCCUCGUGCUGCUGCGCCGGACGCGCGGCCUGAGGGUCCUCCCGGGAGUGGCCGCGCUCAGCACGGCUCUGAGCGGCUGCGAGAAGGGCAGAUACUGGGAAGGCGCCGUCGGGCUGCUCGCGGACGCCCUCGGGCGAAGGCUGCGGCCAGACGUCCCCGUGUUCAACGCGGCGGUCAGCGCCUGCGGCAAGGCCGCACGCUGGGAGGAGGCGCUGGCGCUGCUCGGGGAGGCCGCCCGCAGGUGGCUGAGCCCGAACGUCAUCUCGUACAACGCCACCAUCAGCGCCUGCGAGCGGGGUCAGCAGUGGCCCCGCGCCCUGCAGCUGCUCGAGGAGGCCGCUCGGCGCCAGGCCGCCGACGUGGUGACCUACAACGCCGCCAUCAGCGCCUGCGAGAAGGGGGCGCGGUGGGGCCUCGCGCUGGCGCUGCUGGCGCGGCUGCGGCGGAGCGGUGCCCAGCCCAGCAGGAUCACCUGCAACGCGGCGGUGGCCGCGUGCGGCGGCGGCGGGGAGUGGGAGCACGCCCUGGCGCUGCUGGCCGACCUGCGGCCCGACGCUCUCAGGCCGAACGCCAUCACGUGCAACGCGGCCAUCUCCGCCUGCAGCCGCAGUUUGAGGCGGCGCCCGUCUUCGCCGCGUGCCGAAGAGGGGGUAUCGAAGGGUGGGGCAGCCUUCGAGAGAGGGCGGUGAACACGGUGAGCUGCAGCAGCGCCGCGGCCAGCUGCGAGGGCGGCGGCCAGAACAGGCAGCUGGCGGCCGUGUUGCGCUGCGCGCGCGAGAGAGUCGCCCGCCCUUCGGCUGCGGGCCCGGUGGCGGUGGCCGCCUUCCUCGCGUCGAGGGCCCGG